AUGAACCAUGCAGGAGUCCUCGCUGCGACAUGCUGUGUCCUGGCCCUUGUGCAGCCGGUGCACGCAUUCGUAGCUGUUCCGCCUGCCGUGAACACGCGGCGGCCGGGAGGACUGAGCUCGCUUGACGUGCGGCAGCAGGCGGCCUCAGCUCGGCCCCACAGCAACGGCGCCGAGGCUGGUGUCCGAGGCAGCCGCAACUGCAGAAGGCGGCAGCGCCAUGUGAUGAUGGGCGCGACGGCGGCGACUAGACUCGAGAGCCUGACGGUGUCCCCCAUCUCCCUCAUCUCCGGGGAGGUCGAGCUGCCGGGCAGCAAGUCCCUCAGCAACCGCGUGCUCCUGCUGAGCGCCUUGGCUGAGGGAACUACCAAGGUGGAGAACCUGCUGGACUCGGAAGACAUCCAGUACAUGCUCGGCGCACUCAAGACGCUCAAGGUGUCCGUGGACAGCGACCUCGAGGCGAAAACGGUGGAGGUGGUGGGCAACGCCGGCCCAUUCGAGGUGUCGGACCCUACCGAGUUGUUCCUCGGCAACGCGGGCACUGCCAUGCGGCCCUUAACGGCGGUGGUGUGCGCGGGGAAGGGGGAGUUCGUCAUGGACGGCACCCCCAGGAUGCGGGAGAGGCCCAUCGUAGAUCUCGUAGAUGGGCUCAAGCAGCUCGGCGUGGACGUGUCCUGCUCGGACACGGGGUGUCCCCCAGUGAACAUCAAGGCGGCGGGCCUUAACGGGGGCACGACGAGGGUCAGCGGGAAGAUCUCGUCGCAGUACCUGUCGGCCCUGCUCAUGGCGGCGCCGCUGUCGUCGGGAGAGGUGGUCAUCGAGAUCACGGACGAGCUCGUGUCCGCCCCGUACGUGCACAUGACCAUCAAGCUCAUGGACAAGUUCGGAGUCAAGGUUAAGAACGAGGGGGACAUGCGGUUCACCAUCAAGGAUGGACAGAAGUACGUGUCCCCGGGUACGAUAGCCGUCGAGGGCGACGCCUCCUCCGCCUCCUACUUCUUGGGCGGCGCCGCCAUCACCGGGGGUCCCGUGACUGUACGCGGGUGCGGCAGGGACAGCGUGCAGGGCGACGUAAGAUUCGCCGAGGUGUUGGAGAAGAUGGGCGCGACUCUGACUUGGGAGGCGAACGCCAUGACGGUUAGCAGGGACCUGGAAACCCCUCUCAGAGGCGUCGACGUGGACUGCGGGGAGAUUCCGGACGCGGCGAUGACCCUUGCGGUGAUCGCCUUGUUCGCUGAGGGGCCCACGGCUAUUCGCAACGUCUACAACUGGCGGGUGAAAGAGACGGAACGCAUGAAGGCAAUCGUCACCGAGCUCGGGAAACUGGGAGCGGAGGUCGAAGAAGGGCGCGACUACUGCAUCGUUACUCCUCCGAAGGCUGUUAAACCGAGGGUGGCCAUCGACACUUAUGACGACCACCGAAUGGCCAUGUGCUUCUCGCUGGCGGCCUGCGCCGGAGUUCCCGUGACCAUCAACGACCCUGAGUGCACGGCGAAGACCUUCCCGACGUACUUCAAGGUCCUCGGAGACCUGACCACGAACGAAGCGUGACGGCACCAUGUGCUGUGCUGCUGAGUGGGAGGAAUUUUGACGGGGAGACGUGGCCUCUUUUUUCUCUUUUUAGGGUAGUAAAUGUAGUUGUGCGUGCAGCUUGUUGGUGGUGUUCGCGCUCAAUCUCUCAUGCAACCCGGGGACUGAAUAGACCAGGACCUGUUGUCGUAGAUGUCGUAGACACCGUCGUGUGGACCGUAUUUUGCUCCGUUUACCGGUCUCCUCUCUCGCAGAUGAGCAUUCUCGGGGGGGGGCAAAGAGGCAACGAAUUCGCCGCGUUUAUUGUGUGCCGUUUUCUCCGCCGUAUUUAGCCCUUAUGCCGACGGUAACGUGUAUUGCCUGUCAACUACGGUACGUGUCGUACCUCGAAAGGUUGGGGGAGUCUUUGUCGGACCAACGGGCCACACAAACACAUGUCGGACGGCGGUUCUAUUUGUUGUUGUUGUUGCUGUGUUCGUUUCGUGUUCGUUUGUAUGCUUGCGUAGUCGCGUGGGCUGAGACGCGAGGUGAAGCCAGAUUAAGCUACUUUUGGGGGGAUUGAUGGGAUGGAAAAUACCAAGAGAAGGAAGAGCGGGGUGGUGUUGCGUAUUAGUAGGCCGGUCUGAUUUCUCGUGAAAUUCGAUUCGCAACGCGUGUGAUACCAUCGAAUAGCAAGUGCCGUGAAUUCAUGGCUGAUUUUUCCUCGACUCUUUCUUGAUGGGUAAAGGAGUAGUAGUUGGUUUGUUUCAUCGAGAAAAAAAAUCGAAAGUCAUCGGGCUUUUGGGAAGGGGGCGGCCAGCAGAAACGAAACUGGACAUCGAGCUGUGUCAGAUGGACGGCUGAAUGGAACAACCCCUGUCACCUUAGAAAUCGAAGUCAAGCAUCGCAGGAGGAAGUCGAGCAAAGAGGAGGUCCCUGGCGGUACAGUAGAUAACUCCCUCCUGUCUUGGUGAUGACCCUGGAUGGUUCAUCGGUGUGGACUGAUGGCACUAGGGCACAUACAUGGGUGAACAAAGGGAAGCACACGCACACAAGCUUUCUCUUGCGUCCCCCCUGUCGGUAUAGUAACUCUUUUCUUACGGCUAGAAAAGAGUGCACGCGUUUUUUAUCCCGCUGUGUAUGUCGUAUAUAUAUAUGCGUAGAUACGACUGACGAAUUUUCAUAGGUUAGACGGACUGACGUGCGUGGUCGAUGAUCACUCGUUCGCGUCAUUUUGUCUUGAUACAGUAAAAGGCUCACCACAUCCUCUGACUGCCACAGGUCAACGAGGGGGGUGUGGUGGUGGUGGGUUAUUAUUUGAAGAGGACACGGUGGGUUUG